UGGUAAAUAUGUUGUUUUAUGACCUCAGCCAAUGAUUUAGGUGACAUAGAUUUUCCCCUAUUUAAGUUGACUUUGGUUUGGUACAGUAUGUGCGUGAUACUUAUAGUUUUACAGCAUUGGAUUUUCAUUAUGCUAUUUUGUAAAACUUUUACACUUUCCAGCCUGACUAAAUUCAGCUUAUACAGAAUCAUGCAACCUAAAUUUUGAUUUUCAAACUCAAGAUUUUAUAAAUGAACGAUUUUAUAUGUAUGAUGGUUUAUAAGAAAUGGGGCAUUGCGUGAAAGGAUGAUGGUGGUGGUCACACUCAGUGGUUAAAUCUAACGGAAGUCAGCAACAAUAGCAGUAUUAUCAUCCGUGAUGUUUGCUUCAGACACACUUUUGCAGUCCCCUGAAGUGUGAAAGUGUUAAAGUACAGUUUCUCAUGUUUGUUUUUCUCUGUUUGUGCUUCUGCUGGUUGGUGGGUGUGUUUGGUGAUGAAGUGAAGUCAGUGUCAGUGAUGGAGGGAGAUUCUGUUACUCUACACAUUGAUCUUAUUGACCUAAAGAGCGCUCAUCUGAUAUUGUGGAGGUUUGGACCUCAAGAGUCUCUCAUAGCUAGAGUCAAUAGAGAAGCUAAUGCAGUCUCAAUAUACGAUGAUGUUCUUGACGGGAGAUUCAGAGACAGACUGCAAGUGAAUAAUCAGACUGGAGAUCUCACCAUCACAAACAUCACAACUCAACACACUGGACUUUAUCAAAAAAACAUCAGCGGCAGACAGAAGAGCUCACACAGAUUUGAUGUUACUGUCUAUGCUCGUCUGCCUGUUCCUGUCAUCUCUAGUUACUGUCCACAAAACUCAUCAUCAAAGUGUUUAUUAUUGUGUUCAGUGAUGAAUGUGAGUGAUGUGAGUCUGUCCUGGUACAAAGGAAACAGUUUAUUGUCCAUCAUCAGUGUGUCUGAUCUCAACAUCAGACUCUCUCUACCUCUGGAGGUUGAAUAUCAGGAUACAAACACAUACAGAUGUGUACUCAACAAUACCAUCACAAACCAAACUCAACAUCUCAACAUCACUCAUCUCUGUCAGCCGUGUUCAGAUUGUGUCAGCUGUUGUGAUACUACCGAAGUUGUGAUCCGAUUGGUCAUUUCUGCUCUGGUGACCGUGGCUUUGGUAGCUGUUCUGGCUUAUGAUGUCAGAUCGAGCAAAGAUGAACCGAAGAAAAGACCUAAGACAGACAGAUACAAGGUGUGUUCAACAAAUUACAGUAAAAGAAAAACGAGACCAGCAAAGCUGUCUAGGUGAGACACUGCAGUUCACUCAGAAUCGGCUGCGAAAAUCUCAGUGAUGACACACUUUAAUCUUAUUGGAUGGACUGACUGAUUACAUCAAUUAUCUGUUUAAUCCUGACACUUUCAUGAAUGCUCACAAAUUCAUGUUUUUUAAACAAUAAAACUCUCCUCAUGUAACGUCAGAUGUGAGAUAAUGUAGCUUGUUGUUUUAAUGCAAUUUUUUCUAUGUUAUAGAGAACACUGUAAAAAUUUGCUGUAAUUAUGCAGCUAAUUGCCAGUAACAUACUGUAAAAGAUAAAGACUGAAAAUGUUUCAUGUUCACUUAACUUUGAACAAACUGUUGCCAGUAAAUAACAUAAAUGUAAAAUCUACAGUAAGUUACUGGCAGCUAGUUGCCAGUAAUACCCAUUAAUACUGUAAUUUCUAAAGAUUUUUUUUUACAGUAAAGAGUAAUUCUGGAUAUGCUUAUUCAUAUUCAUAUUACUUAUUCAUCCUUAUUUAUACUAAAAUGUAAAAAAAAACCUUUGAUUUCAUGUGGCCUUUUAUACGGAAGGCACUGAUGGGAAAUAACUUUUAGGGAUAGACACGAUCAUACAUUUUAUUAUAAUAUAUAUGCAUAUAUGUAUAUAAAUGUAUAUACACACAAGGAUAAUAAAGACCACA